CAGAGCUCUCUCUCACCCAAAGGAGUAAUCUGCUAAAAAUCAGCCUUCAUUGCCCGAAUUCAAAUAUUUCAUUUUCGCCAAAUUCCUGUUUCUCCAAACCAAAUGACGCUUCACCAAACCAAUUCGUGUGCAUCUUGUUCCAUAUACCUUCAUGUGAUUCUCUUCCUUUUUAUAAUCCUGCUCUGCUUGCAACCAACCACUGCAGCUCCUGCUCCAACAAAUGAGACCGAUCGUUCGGCUUUGCUCAAAUUUAAAGAAUCUGUACCUUAUGAUCCAUAUAACAUUUUGAGUUCGUGGAAUGACUCUGUGAACUUCUGCAAUUGGCUUGGAAUAACAUGCGAUGGUCGACACCAAAGAGUCACGGCCUUGGACCUACCGGGCUACAACUUACGUGGAUCUCUAUCACCUUACAUCGGCAACCUAAGCUUUCUUAGGUCCAUCAAACUCCAAAACAACAGCUUCUAUGGUGAAAUUCCACGGGAAGUUGGCAAUUUGUUUCGACUGCAAGAACUCAGACUUAACAAUAACACGUUGGAGGGGGAAAUACCAUCCAACUUGUCCAAGUGCUCCAAUCUCAGAUUCAUACAUCUACAUGUGAAUAACUUCACAGGGAAAAUUCCAAUGGAGCUAGGCUCUCUAGUGAAACUUGAAGAACUUCAACUCCUCAAAAACAAGUUGGCAGGAGGGAUCCCACCUUCUCUAGGUAAUCUUUCUUCCCUCAAAUCUUUCGCUGCAGAGUACAAUAACCUGGUGGGAAAUAUUCCAGAUACCAUAGGCCGAUUAAAAGGCUUAGAAGUUUUCUCAAUUCUCAUGAAUAAAUUGUCAGGUAUGAUCCCUUUCUCUCUUUACAACGUGUCAUCUCUCCAAAUAUUUUCAGUUGCAGACAACCAACUUAAUGGCACACUUCCAAUAAACAUAGGCCUUAAUCUUCCUAAUCUCCAAGUUCUUCAAUUUGGUGGGAAUGAGUUCUCUGGGCCAAUCCCUACUUCAUUAUGCAAUGCAACUCACCUUCAAAAAAUUGAUUUAGGUAUGAACAAUUUUCUGGGAUCAGUUCCAACUAAUCUUGGAAAUUUGUUGGAUCUUUUCUGGCUAGGUUUGAAUGGCAAUUACCUAGGAAAGAGCCUCCAUUUCUUAACAUCGCUAAAAAAUUGUAGCAAACUGGUCUCCGUGGAUUUAAGUAAAAACCAAUUUCAAGGUGUUUUGCCCAAUUCUAUAGCCAACUUGUCAACCAACCUCACUAAAUUAUAUUUUGGAGUCAAUGAAAUAUCUGGAACUAUUCCUGCAUCAUUAGAGAAUCUUGUCAACUUAAUUGGCUUAGGCAUGGAUUAUAAUCACUUCAGUGGCACCAUUCCUACUAGCUUCGGGAGGUUUCAGAAGAUGCAACUGUUGGCUUUAGGUGGAAACAAAUUGUCUGGAGAAAUACCAACCUUCAUAGGCAACCUUACUCAGUUGUUCCGACUCGAGUUACAAGAAAACAGAUUCGAAGGAACCAUACCUCCAACUAUUGUACACUGCCUAAAUUUGCAGAUCUUGGACGUUUCACAAAAUAACCUUAAUGGAUCCAUACCCCUGGAGCUUAUUGGUCCUUCUUCCCUUCCACUAAUUCUCCUCAAUUUAUCUUACAACUCAUUGACUGGCCUACUGCCAGCUACAGUAGGUAGCCAGAAUAAAAUCAACAAACUGGAUGUUUCUAACAAUAAUUUGUUGGGUGAAAUUCCGAUAUCUAUCGGAAAUUUUUUGAUGUUGGAACACCUUAACCUGCAAGGGAAUUCCUUUAUAGGAGCCAUUCCAUCAUCUAUGGCUUCUUUGAAAGGUCUUCGAUAUCUAGAUGUUUCACAAAAUAACCUAUCAGGAUCCAUUCCAGAUGGUUUCAAGAAUCUUCCUCUUUUAGAAAGUUUGAAUCUUUCAUUUAAUAAUUUUGAGGGUGAGGUACCAACUGAAGGAGUUUUUAAAAACACAAAUGCAAUAUCAUUGAUUGGAAAUGCUAAACUUUGUGGUGGUAUACCAAACUUGAAGUUGCCAAAAUGUCCUGUAAAAGUCAUGAAACCAUGGAAGUCCAUUGGCUUCAGAGUAGCAAUUAUUAUUACUCCCAUUGUUCUGUUUAUUUGCUUGUUGUCAUCCUUUCUUGAUAAUCGCUAUUGGAUAAAAAAAUCACAAAGGUCACCAUUUAUGGCUUCAAGUAUGGCCCGCAUAAAUUUUUUAUACAAAGAAUUCUAUCAGGCACUAGACCCUCGUAAUGUUACAUACAAAGAACUCUAUCGAGCAACUAGUGGAUUUUCUUCAAGUAAUUUAAUUGGAUCUGGCAGUUUUGGCACUGUGUAUAAAGGAGCUCUUGAUGGGAAUGGAACUCUAGUUGCUAUAAAGGUCCUUAACCUUCAACAGAAGGGAGCUUCCAAAAGUUUCACAGCCGAAUGCAACGCAUUACGAAAUAUUCGGCAUAGGAAUCUUGUUAAAAUAUUAACAUGUUGCUCUCACAUGGAUCAUUGUGGAAAUGAAUUCAAAGCUCUAGUCUUUGAAUUCAUGACAAAUGGGAGCUUAGAUGUUUGGUUGCAUCCAGGGCUGGACAAUGAAAAUCAAUCAAGGAACUUGAGCCUUCUUCAAAGAUUGAAUGUUGCAAUUGAUGUGGCUACUGCAAUAAAUUAUCUUCACAACCAUUCUGUGCUACCAAUUAUUCACUGUGAUUUAAAGCCAUGUAAUAUUCUUCUUGACAAUGACAUGGUUGCUCAUGUAAGUGAUUUUGGCUUAGCAAGGUUCCGCUCAACUAUUGAAGAUUCUUGUUUAAAGGAAACUAUUACAACUGGGCUAAAGGGAUCUAUUGGCUUUGUUGCUCCAGAGUAUGGCAUGGGCUGUGACACUUCAACAAAGGGAGACGUGUAUAGCUAUGGAAUAAUUAUAUUGGAGAUGUUCUUAGGGAAGCGACCCACUGACAAAAUAUUUAAAGAUGGUCUCAAUCUCCACAAUUAUGCUAAGAUGGCAGUGGCACAGCCAGAAAGACUAGUUCAAAUUGUAGAUCCAAUCCUUCGAAGUAUUGUCAACCUGCGCCAAAUGGAUGCUAUUGUGCAUAAGUGCUUAGUCCCAAUACUUCAACUUGGACUGGCUUGUUCGGUGCAGUCACCGAAAGAAAGAAUGAAUAUGGAGAAAGUUACCAGGAUAUUGCAUUCAAUAAAAAAUGCUUAUCUUAGUUCCAGGAUUUGCAGAGGUGCACCUUUAACUAGUGGAAUCCAAAUUGAGGGAAGACCGAAUGAAGAAAACUCAAUCCGGGACAUAAAGCAAAUUCCCAUCCCUAGAAGAGCAAAUCCAGAUAAAUCGGUGUGGUUGGGAGAAACGUCAGGAAAUUUUUCAGUGAAAUCUUCCUACUUAACAGAGCACGUUGAUAGAUUGGAUCGGAAGUAUAACAAAGUUUGGAAGAAGUUAUGGGAAAGUAAAUUACAUGGAAGACUAAAUAUGUUUCUGUGGAGGCUUGCAAAAGGAGAGCUACCCCUUAAAACCCGAUUGGCAAGUAAUAGCAUAGGGUGUGAGGAUCUGUCUUGCGUGCUGUGUGGGGAAGCAGAGGAAUCAGAGCUACAUGUGUUCCGUGAUUGUAUAGUGAUUAGAAUGUUGUGGUUUGCCUCUGAGAUUGGCUUGAGAUGGGAUCAUUUUGAGGCUAAUUCUGCUGUGGAGUUGGUACAAAAGAUAUUAAACCCCCCUAAGGAGUUAAUAACUGAUGGUUUAAAUCAAAAUAAGUUCACUUUAAUGGCAGCUGUGAUUUGCUACGAAACAUGGACGAUGCGAAAUUUGAUGCUUUCUAAAAAUGUGAAGUUUGACCCAAUGGAAUUCCCUUGGAGAAUUAAGUCUGCUAUGGAAAGAUUUUCUCCAAGAAAGGAAAAUGAUGGGCAAUGUAAAGAAAGAGAGAAGGAAGAAGGGUAGUGUCCACCUCCAAGGGGCUGGAUUAAGAUCAAUGUUGAUGCUUCUUGGAGUGAAGGGAAGGCAAGUGUUGCUGGUUUGGCAAUAAACUGUAGAGGUGAAGUUUUGAAGGCAUGGGCUGAAUAGGUGGAUGCUGAUUCUGUGGCAAUAGCUGAAUGCUUGGCUAUUGGACUAGCAAUUCAAGCUGCAAUUGAAGAAGGCUAUGAGCAAGUAAAGAUAGAAGGGGAUGCAAAGAUUGUUUUUGAUACUAUCUGCAACAUUGGUCAAUCGAUAUGCUGGGAGCUUCAUCAGUAUGUUGAAAUGAUUAAAGUGUAGUUAAGGAGAGUGAGACUCCUAAAUUUUGUUUUAACUGGGUUCCUAGGAUUUUGAACAAAAGUGCUUAUGCAUUGGUUAAAUGGGCCUCACGUUCAUUUUUUUCUGGUAGUUUAGUUGCUGAGACUCUCCCAAUUUCUGUUUCUGAUGUUGUUGCUCUUGAGAGGGUCUCUUCUUGUUGUAUUGUGUAAUUCUGUUUUG